AUGUCGCACGCGGUGCACAGAGAGGUGCACCCGCCCACCGGGGUGGACCACGCGGUGAGCGCGUACUUCACCCGACCCGUGGGCGACGGUGGGGAUCCGAAUUUGGUCGUCGCGAGUGCGAAUCGCGUCACCGUCUACGCCGUUCGUCGCUCGAACGACGACGACGGGAGCGAUGGCGCGGAAUCGCUGGAGGUGGUGUCGGAAUUUGACGCCCACGGGGCGAUCGGAUCCGUCGCGGUGCUUCGACGACGGUUCGGGGCGCCGAGGAAUCAACGCGACGCGCUGCUGAUCGCGAUUCGCGAACGUAAACUGGCGGUGGCGGAGUACGACGCGUCCACGGGAGAAGUGACGACGUCGUCGUUACACUCGUUCGAAGGUGACGUUGGGUGCGCGGCGAUGGAGAAGACGCUGAGGAUGAGUCGAGAGGCACCGCUGGUGGUGGCGGAUCCCGAGGGACGAUGCGCCGCCGUGGUCUUGCGUGACGACGGGUGCGCGGGGAGGGUGCGAGUGUUAGCGAGCGUCGACGGUGGUUUAGGGUUGGUGAGCGCAGACGAUGAAGAGGGUCGAGUUCGUGGACCCGCUGCGAGUGUCCUGGAGUCGUUCGCGUUGAACGUGCAAGCGGCGGGCGUGCGGUGCAUUCGGGACGUGUGCUUCUUGCACGGAUACGCCGAACCGUCGCUCGCAAUUUUGUACGAGAAGACGCCGACGUGGGCGGGAAGGUAUAAUUUGGCAAAAGAUACGUGUGAGAUCGUCGCUUUAUCGGUGGACGUCGAUAAGCAGAAGAGCACGGUGAUUUGGAGGCGUCAGAACCUACCGUCGAGUUCGUACAAGCUCACGGCGCUGCUACCGCCGCUGGGAGGAGUCUUGGUGUUUUCCCAGGAUUUCCUCUUGCACGAGUCUCAAGAGAGCUCGUCGGCGUUGUGUUUGAACACGUUCGGCCGAGGUGGGCCCCAAGAAGGGAACGAUGCCGAGACCGUGGCGCGCUUGGCGGGCAUGGGCGAGGACGCCGUUGCGAAUCCACCUCCAGCGUGCGCCGCGCGCGCCGUGGAUUGCGGAUUGGAGAUCACUCUCGACGGCGCACAGGCCGCCGUGGUGUCGGAAGAUCGCGUCCUCGUGACAACCAAGAUGGGUGCGCUGUUCUUGUUGGCUCUUCACACAGACGGGCGCAGUUUGCGGCGCAUGAUGCUUCAACGCGCGGGCGGUGCCGUGCUCUCUUCAGGUAUGUGCUUGCUCUCACGAGACCUGUUGUUCCUGGGGAGUCGCAUCGGUGACUCGCUCUUGGUGAAGUUCACGCCCAAAAGUGAGCCAGCGGCGCCUUUGAUGCUACCGAAGGGCGAAGACGACGAGGAAACGGUCGACGAAGUAGAAAAGGGAAGCGGGAAGCGCUCCAAGUCGGGUGAUGGAGCCGCCAUACGCAAGCGCGCAAAAUCGACUGAAGAUCCUCCACCGGCGCCGUCGACGCCGUCGCCCGAGGACGAUGAUGAUGAGCUUGAGGCGCUGUUGUACGGUACGACCAAGGCGGAGAGCGUGAUCGGAGACGAGACGACGCAGACGGCGGAGAAGAAGCGGGAAGGACUGGCCGGAGUCGUUCCGGGCUUGAAGGUUGCCGGUUACGAUUUCAAGGUAAAAGACUCCUUACUCGGUGUCGCCCCGGUGGUGGACAUCACGGUCGGUGCGUCGGCGCCCGUGGGAACGGACACUGCAGAACGAACGGAGCUCGUCACGGCGUGCGGACAAGGGAAGAACGGAGCGUUGGCGAUCCUCACUCGUGGCGUGCAACCGGAACUUGUAACCGAGGUCGAAGCCGGUACUCUCCCCACUUUGCAAGGUUUGUGGGCUCUUCACGAUCGAAAGGAAGGGACUAGAGAAGUGCGUGAGCCGUUCCACAACCACCUCCUACUGAGUAUGAAGUCGUCGACGAUGAUCAUGGAGACGGGGGAAGAGCUUCAAGAAGUGAGCGCGUCACUCGAAUUCAUCACGGAUCAAGCCACCUUGGCGGCGGCGAACUUUUUCGGUCACUUUUGCUCCUUGCAAAUCACGGAAACAAGUAUUCGCAUCUUAAAGAGUGGAAUGAAGGUGCAAGACGUGACUUUGGCGGACAUUAAGGCCCCCAAGGGCUCCGUGAUCGCCUCGGCAGAGAUUUUAGAUCCGUACAUCAUGAUUCGUCUUUCCGAUGGUACAUUACGAUUGUUGGCCGGGGAUGAGAAGAAGAUGACUGUUUCUUUGAUGGAGUCCGGGGCAAUGCCCACAUCCUCCGUGACGGCGUUUGCACUCGUCGACGACUCCGCCCAAGCGGCGGACGCGGCUGGUGGAGGCGCUAAGAAGAGUGGAUGGAUUCAUCGCUCUGCAACGAACGGCACCAUCACUGGGCUGGAGGGAAGCAAGAAGAGCGGUGCGAGCAAUCAGAAGGAAGCCAUCGUCGCCAUCGCGAGGGAAGGAGGGAGCUUGGAGUUGUUCUCACUUCCAAGUUGUACGCGUAUUUGGAACGCGGAUGGGUUAUCCGAGGGAUCGAGAGUGUUGAGUCCCACAAGGCCCGUUCACUCCGAGCUGCGCAUCCCAGAGAUUGUCGACAUUCGCAUUGACUCAUUCGAGGAAGCACACGAACGUCCGUUGCUCACGGCCGUACGAGGUGAUGGAACAUUGCUCUUGUACCGAGGUUUCAUCGUACCGGCGGGGACGACGUGCGAGGGAAGCGAAGAGCCCUUGGCGCGAGGCGAACUGCGUUUCAGUCGCGUCAACAUCGACGUCGAAGGUUCGGGCUUAAACGUAGCCGGUGUGGGCGUCGCAGGUCAAGUUCGCGAUUCUCUUGCCGGUACGCGUUUGACGCGCAUCUCCAACGUCGGUGAGGGGCAAGGAUUGCAAGGUAUUUUCGUUGCGGGGCCGAAUCCAUUGUGGCUGAUCGUUCGCAGGUCUCGAGUGUUAGCUCUCCCGACACGUGGUGAAGGCGAAAUAGUCGCCUUCACAGACUUCCACAACGUGAACUGCCCGUACGGUUUCAUAUUGGGGACCGCUGUUGGGGGUGUUCGCAUCUGUCAGAUGCCGAGUAAAAUGCAUUACGAAGCGGCGUGGCCAGUUAGAAAGAUAGCUCUUAAAUGCACGCCGCACGCCGUCGCGUACCUGCCAGAUUUCAAGCUGUACGCCUUGGUGACGUCGGCAAACGUGCCUUGGGUCGAUAGGGAAAUAGAUGGCGAGAACGUGCACGGCUUAUCGCUCUCCAAGGCGAGAAGGGAGCGCGCCAAGGCUCAUGAUGACAUGGAGCUUCAAUACUCAGUGCGACUUCUCGUCCCGGGAUCUCUCGAUUGUGUGUGGCAACACACGCUGGAGCCUGGCGAACACGUUCAGUGCGUGAGAAACGUGCAGCUCAAGGAUAUCAACACGGGACACUCGUUGUCAUACCUCGCCGUCGGCACGGCGAUGCCCGGUGGCGAAGAUACGCCAUGUCGAGGUCGCGUUUACCUCUUCAACAUGGUUUGGGAACGCGACUCUGAGUCCGCUGACGGAUACAGAUGGAAGGGACAAGUGUGCUGCGUUCGCGAGGCGAAGAUGGCGUGUACUGCUCUUGAAGGUCUCGGGGGGCAUCUCAUCGUGGCCGUAGGUACGAAGCUCACGGUUCACACAUGGGACGGAAGAGAGUUGAACAGCGUCGCUUUCUUCGACACUCCGAUUCACACUGUGAGCAUCAACGUUGUGAAGAAUUUCAUCCUGGUCGGAGACUUGGAGAAGGGUUUGCAUUUUUUUCGCUGGAAGGACACGGGGUUCGAGAAGUCGCUCAUUCAGCUCUCGAAGGAUUUCGAACGCAUGGACGUCGUGAGCUCGGAAUUCCUAAUCGACGGCACCACACUGAGCUUGCUCGGUUCCGAUAUGAGCGGAAACGCACGAACCUUUGGGUACGAUCCGAAAUCCAUAGAGUCAUGGAAGGGUCAAAAACUUCUACCGCGUGCCGCUUAUCACGUUGGGUCGCCGAUCUCGCGCAUGGUACGCUUCAACGUCGAGGGUUCAAAGUCCAAAAUGGCGUCGACGGAUGGAAAGCCCAAGGGCGCGAACAGAUUCGCCGUCUUCUUCGGCACCCUCGACGGCGCCCUCGGGAUCUUCAUGCCCACCGACCCUGUGACUUACGAAAAGCUCCUAGCGAUCCAACGCGAGCUCACAACCGCGGUGCGUUCGCCCAUCGGGUGCAACCCUCGAACGUUCCGCACCCCUAAAGUUUUUGAGGGCAAGCAUGUGCAGCUCCGCGCGCCGCUCGACGUCCUCGAUGGCGGCUUGCUCUCGAAAUUCGAAACCUUAACCUUUAGCGAGCAGGUCAAGAUCGCAUCGAGCGCCCAGGUCGAUCGCGAUCUCACACUCGGUCUCAUCCAGCAGCUCAGCGCCAGCAACGCCUUCGUGUAG